GCGUGACUUCAUACUGGCGUGUAUUUCAAGACUUUAAACUCAUAACACUCAGGGGUGGGCAGUGUGCCGGUUCUGCUAUUGCCUUGCACCGAGAUCUCCCGCGCAUGCGCAAGCCACUGCAGCCAGGCUAUAAAAGGCUGGUCCAAAGCCAUGCUGCUAUUUCUCCCUUUCUCAUUCUUUUCGCCAUUUAAGUUUGAAGUUUUAUAACUAGUUUAACCUACUUCCCUUUUUAUAGUCACUAUGUACGCUAGCAGUUUGGGCACCUCUACUCAUCCUUAUACUUGUAACAUAUCACAGUUUACAGCAAUUAGCGCAGGUCAACAUGGCUAUACUCAGGGUGGCGGGAAUAUCCCUGAUAAUUCAAUAGUGCACGGCUCCAAUUACUUGUGCGGGACAAAAUCCACUGAGUCUCGCGGCAAUCCUUUAGAGUUAGCAGCAUGUCUGCCAGCUACUCAGUUUAAGGCUCCGCUAAAAAAAUACGACAUUGCAUUCAUCACCAACGAUUCAACAGAUAUGCCGAUGAAUGCUGCAAAUGCGUAUUCCAACCCAGCAGAAUGGAACACACGCGAUGCACUAGCAAAGGCCGGGCUAUUCGUCGAUCAAAGAACUGGUCUCCUCAUUUGUCACACAUGUAAGAGAGCAGUCAUCAAUCGAGAAUUUAUGAAGCAUUAUGGCCAGUGUGUGUUGAAGCAUGCGUCAGUUCGUCGCACUGUCUCCGCAGAUUUCGGUCGCACGCUUGAGAAGUACCACCUGCAUGCAAGUCAGCAUAGAGUGCACAACUAUACGACUGCCAGAGAAUGGCUCGAGUCGUGCAAGGGGCAACCAAUUCCAAGAAUCCCAGCUUUGGCCAGUCUUGACUGUGCACAAGUGCACAAUAUGUGGGUUCGUUUGUGAGAGGAAAAUGACUCUCGGAAACCACUUCUUUGACCAACACAAGGGUAUUCCGAUGCCGUCUAAUAUGACCACCAGCCUUGCUCAGCAACCAUUUGCAGCAGCAAACCUAGCUAGGCUCAUAGAGAUUUGUGAUGAUUCGGGUCUGGAUACGUCAUAAACUGCUCACAGUGUUGCAGAUGCAACAUUUUAGUGUCACGUGCUGUUGGAAUGUGCCUAGCCGUGGUUCACUACCUACAUAACAGUCAGUAAGAGUGGCCAGGUAUAUAGGCU